CGCCUCGGACCCCGCGCGGGGCGCGGGCGGCAGCUCCGGCUCCAUGGCGACCGGACUCGGGGAGCCGGUCUAUGGACUUUCGGAAGACGAGGGAGAGUCCCGUAUCCUCAGAGUCAAAGUUGUUUCUGGAAUCGAUCUCGCCAAAAAGGACAUCUUUGGAGCCAGCGAUCCGUAUGUGAAACUUUCCUUGUACGUAGCAGAUGAGAAUAGAGAACUUGCUUUGGUACAGACAAAAACAAUUAAAAAGACGCUGAACCCAAAGUGGAAUGAAGAAUUUUAUUUCAGAGUAAACCCGUCUAAUCACAGACUCCUGUUUGAAGUUUUCGACGAAAAUAGACUGACGCGAGACGACUUCCUGGGCCAGGUGGACGUGCCCCUCAGCCACCUUCCGACGGAAGACCCAACCAUGGAGCGACCCUACACGUUUAAGGACUUUCUGCUUAGGCCGAGGAGCCACAAAUCCCGUGUGAAGGGGUUCCUGCGGCUCAAAAUGGCCUACAUGCCCAAAAACGGGGCCCAGGACGAGGAGAACAGUGAGCCCAGGGACGACAUGGAGCAUGGGUGGGAAGUGGUCGACUCCAACGAUUCGGCCUCUCAGCACCAGGAGGAGCUGCCGCCCCCGCCUCUGCCCCCCGGGUGGGAGGAAAAAGUGGACAACUUAGGCCGAACGUACUACGUCAACCACAACAACCGCACCACGCAGUGGCACCGACCAAGCUUGAUGGACGUGUCCUCCGAGUCGGACAGCAACAUCCGGCAGAUCAACCAGGAGGCAGCACACCGGCGCUUCCGCUCCCGCAGGCACAUCAGUGAGGACCUGGAGCCGGAGCCGUCCGAGGGUGGAGAGGCCCCCGAGCCCUGGGAGACCAUUUCAGAAGAAGUGAAUCUGGCUGGUGACUCCCUGGGGCUGGCCGUGCCCCCGCCGCCUGCCUCCCCCGUGUCCCGGACCAGCCCCCAGGAGCUGACGGAGGAGCUGAGCAGGCGGCUUCAAGUCACUCCGGACGCCAACGGGGAGCAGUUCAGUUCCCUCAUCCAGAGAGAGCCCUCCUCCAGGCUGCGUUCCUGCAGUGUCACCGACGCCGUCGCCGAGCAGGCCCAUCUGCCACCGCCCAGUACCCCAGCUAGGAGAGCACGUUCGUCCACUGUCUCGGGUGGUGAGGAGCCAACGCCGUCAGUGGCCUAUGUACACACCACGCCGGGCCUUCCUUCAGGCUGGGAAGAAAGAAAAGAUGCUAAGGGACGCACAUACUAUGUCAAUCAUAACAAUCGAACCACAACUUGGACUCGGCCCAUCAUGCAGCUUGCAGAAGACGGCGCCUCCUCCGGAUCGGCCACAAACAGUAGCAACCACCUAAUCGAGCCUCAGAUCCGCCGGCCUCGUAGCCUCAGCUCGCCAACAGUAACUUUAUCUGCCCCGCUGGAGGGUGCCAAGGACUCCCCCGUGCGUCGGGCAGUGAAAGACACCCUUUCCAACCCACAGUCCCCACAGCCGUCCCCCUACAACUCCCCCAAACCUCAGCACAGAGUCACCCAGAGCUUCCUGCCGCCCGGCUGGGAGAUGAGGAUUGCGCCCAACGGCCGGCCCUUCUUCAUUGACCACAACACAAAGACGACGACGUGGGAAGAUCCACGCCUGAAGUUCCCAGUUCAUAUGCGGUCAAAGGCAUCUUUAAACCCCAAUGACCUCGGCCCUCUCCCUCCUGGCUGGGAAGAAAGGAUUCACUUGGACGGCCGGACGUUCUACAUCGAUCACAACAGCAAAAUCACCCAGUGGGAAGACCCAAGACUGCAGAACCCAGCCAUCACCGGUCCAGCCGUUCCUUAUUCCAGAGAAUUUAAGCAGAAAUACGACUACUUCAGGAAGAAGCUGAAGAAGCCGGCUGAUAUUCCAAACAGAUUUGAAAUGAAGCUUCACAGGAACAACAUAUUUGAAGAAUCCUACCGGAGGAUCAUGUCGGUGAAAAGACCAGAUGUCCUGAAAGCCAGACUCUGGAUAGAAUUCGAGUCGGAGAAAGGCCUGGACUAUGGGGGCGUGGCCAGAGAAUGGUUCUUCUUACUGUCCAAAGAGAUGUUCAACCCUUACUAUGGUCUCUUUGAGUACUCUGCCACGGACAACUACACACUGCAGAUCAACCCCAAUUCAGGCCUCUGUAAUGAAGACCACUUGUCCUAUUUCACAUUUAUCGGGAGAGUCGCGGGUCUGGCUGUAUUUCAUGGGAAGCUCUUGGAUGGUUUCUUCAUCCGCCCGUUUUACAAAAUGAUGCUGGGGAAGCAGAUAACCCUGAACGACAUGGAGUCCGUGGACAGUGAAUACUACAACUCUUUGAAGUGGAUCUUAGAAAAUGACCCCACCGAACUGGACCUCAUGUUCUGCAUAGAUGAGGAGAACUUCGGGCAGACAUACCAAGUGGACUUGAAGCCCAAUGGGUCAGAGAUAAUGGUGACGAAUGAAAACAAAAGGGAAUAUAUCGACUUGGUCAUCCAGUGGAGGUUCGUGAACCGGGUCCAGAAGCAGAUGAACGCCUUCCUGGAGGGAUUCACAGAACUCCUUCCUAUUGACCUGAUUAAAAUUUUCGAUGAAAAUGAGCUGGAGUUGCUGAUGUGUGGUCUUGGGGAUGUGGACGUCAACGACUGGAGACAGCAUUCUAUCUACAAGAACGGCUACUGCCCAAACCACCCGGUCAUCCAAUGGUUCUGGAAGGCCGUGCUGCUGAUGGACGCCGAGAAGCGCAUCCGGUUACUGCAGUUUGUCACGGGCACAUCCCGGGUACCUAUGAAUGGAUUUGCCGAACUUUAUGGUUCCAAUGGUCCUCAGCUGUUUACAAUAGAGCAAUGGGGAAGUCCUGAAAAGCUGCCCAGAGCUCACACAUGCUUUAAUCGCCUCGACUUACCUCCGUACGAAACCUUCGAAGAUUUGCGGGAGAAACUGCUCAUGGCCGUGGAGAAUGCCCAGGGCUUCGAAGGGGUGGAUUAAGCCGCCCCCGCCGGCCGCGGCCCGUCGGGCAGGUUCCGCUUGCACUUUCGCGUUGGCCUAACGGACUUUGCAGAGACGGUGGGAGAGCAGCAGCCGCGCGGCCGGGCUCCCGGAGCCGAGCCUUCGCCCAGGCCCUCGCCCGAGCCCCGCCGUGGGGACCCAGUCCCGGCUCGAGCUCCUGCCUCUUUCGCCACACUUGAUGUGUACGCUAAUUACAUUUCAGGAGGACUGACUCUAUUUAUGUUGUGCCUCUGCAGGCAAAACCCUUAAUAAAUAUUUUGCAUACUUUCUAAUGACAAUGAAUGGAAUUAAUCACUCGACAGGUAUAGUAUUACAACUCAUGUUUACUUUUUCAGAUGAUUUAGACCGAUUCUCAGAUUUUAUUUCACUACGAUUAAAGAUGUCUCAUGUACUUGGAAAAGCAAGCAUACUUUUUUUUUUUUUGUAUUUGAAUUUCAUACCAGGCUGAAUUGUCAGUGACAGUUUUAUUUUUUAAGUACGUUGACGCCCCGCCCUCGCCUUUAUUAGAACUGGAAGACUUAUUUUGUCCAGAAAGCGUCUACACGCGAGUACUUUGGGAGAAUUUCAAAUUCAGCAGUAGGCAUCAUGAUCACUUUCUUCCAUACUGAGGAUAAAAACACACCGGAUGUUGCAUCUGUGGUUGUACACGCGUGGGUCCUAGCUGCGGGCUGACAGGAUUGUCACGUAGCGUGACGAGUUGCGUGUGGCCCCGGAAGGACGAGGACGCAUGCCGGGACCCCUUGGAGACAGGGCUGGACUGUGGUUUCUCAAGACAGAAACCGCCUCACCCUUUCCAACACUGCACAGCCUUGCUCUCACCGGUCUCUCCUCCGCGCUGUUGGCCGUCAGGACACUUGACUGCAACGUGGCCCCACUGGAUUUGACACCGUGGAACCCAGGCCUUGCUAGUCUCUUCCCUGGGCGUGGUUGCUAACGGUAGCCACACGGCCGGGUCCUGCUCUACCCGCUCCGAUGCAGAGGCACUUUAUGUACCAUGUGGAGGUCGUGUGGGGGUGGGGAGGGGGUUGUUGUCGGUUUGUAUCCCCACAUUCGAUGUGAUGAUGUUUCUCCUCCCUACACACGCCUUUGUGGUGCACUGUCCACCCAACCGAUCCUGGCUACCGAUGUGUGAACCCCGUGUAAAGCUGAGCUCACGGACCUGUCCGCUCCAAUUCUUUGCUGAUUUCCGCUCGACGACAGAGACUCCCCUAGUAGGCUGUAGAUCUAACCGAGCUUUGUCACCUGUGACCUGUCGCAUGCUUCGGCGCUGUGUCCCGCCCGAGCUGUGUGUGUCGUGUGCUGUAGUUGAAGUGUGGAGAAGACUGGAUUUGAGCCCCAGAGGCCCGAGGGUCCCCGCACACUUGGAGUCUCUCCCCUUCACGAGGGCCUCUGACAGCUGUGUUGUGUUGUGGGAAGAUGCCCAGGACAGCCUGGGAGCCCAAGAUCCUGCCCUCCCAACCUCCCACGCUCAUGCUGUCCCACACCCUGUCAUAGCAGCGAGGGGACACGGGAGAGAGAAGGUUGUGCUUUCAGUGGCUCUGUCAGGGCGUCACAGAUGUGACCCAGCUGCUGGGACGAAGGGGUGGGGACCCGGCUCCCAUCUGUUUGCUCAGAGGCAGCACGUGGUGGUCGGGACGCCUGGCAGGGGAGUGGAGGUCACAGCACCUGUGACAGGUGUCCCCGUGGCACAGCGCGGCCCCCCCCCCCCGGAGCCCUCUCGGUGCAGUGUCCGUCUGCUCUUGAGUCGUGCCAAAGCCCACGGUGUGUGCAGUGUGCCUGGGUGAUUCUUGGGAGUGAGUGAUCGUGUAAUUGUAGGAGGAGAAAUCCUGUUCCAUCUGCUGACUCGGAUUCUUCUGUUACUCUGUGUGAACUGUACUGUUGGGAAGUGCUGAGUAUUUGCUCAGUGCACAUAAGGCCGAAUACUGAAAAUGUGAAAGAAAACCCACUCUGAUGACUUGGAAGCUAGGGCCAGGUAAGGAUUGUUGCAAUAUGAGUAUUUGAGGGGCAGUCAUUGCAAAGGAUGCUUCAGUUAUUCCCCCCCCCCCCCCAUGAUACCUGAUGUUAAAAGAAUAUCGCUGGAUGUGGAGGGGUUUCUUGUUUGUUAAGAAAUAAGAUUCACUAGCCCUCAAAGACUGGUGAAGCUUCACUGUUGCCUCUGACCCCUGAUGCUUGCUCUGUCGCCUUCGUGACGUCACUGCAGAGAAAAUGUGCCGAGAGCAGGUGGCGGGGUCAGCCUCCCACAGGGCGGGGUUGAGGCUGCCUGGCCCUGCGGUGCUGCAGCUGCACGACUCUGUACCCGGAGCCUCUGCUGCCAUUGGGAUCACAUGCACAGCGGCAGCUUCAGGUCAUUUCCCAUGGGGCCAGGUGGAGAGGCCUUUGGCCUGAGCCACCACAGCACCCGUGGCUCUUGGCUGCUUCCAUGGGAUUCGCAUGGUGCGGCGCAUCCGCCCGCCACCUGCUGCCCCUGGAAAGAUGUGGGUGAGGCCUUCGCCGCUCUUACUGUGCACACGGCUUCAGCACUCUUUGCAUCUUGCCAAAAGCUUUGCCACCACUUGCUUCUGUGUAGCCAGUCGUCUGAUAAAAUGUGAGAACCAACAAUACGUGAUCUGUAGCUGUUAGUGACACUGGGUAUUCCCUGUGUUCAGGUGGCGCGUAACACAGAGCCACUUGGCCAUGGCACGAUGUGCUGGCGGAUUCGGAGACGUGGUUUGUGAGCUCCUGGAACCACUGUCCUCCUGGACCGCGUUGCAUGGACAGCGUGGACCUUUGCUGUCGCAUCUGGCCAGGUGUAACUGGCUCUCUUGAGCCACCAGCAUGUGCAGGAGCUUUGUAACAGCAGUUGUUUAAGAGCUGAGUCUUGUAGCUUCGUAGUAGUUGUGUGUGCCACCUCUGAAAUUCUACACACUCUGAAGUGAGCCUGGGUUAAUGAGCUCUCCAGCCCUUCCCCCACUGUGCUAGCUCCCCUCUUUCUUUCUCCUCUCUCCACCUCACCCCUGACUGUACCCCUGCACUGGGCGGGACAAGUAGGAGGGUGCAGGGAAUGCUGUUUGGUGUUGUUUUCUGCCUUGCCAGUAGGGAGCGCUGCGCAGGUUGCCUGCCUGCCUGCCCUGCUCCCUCCUGACCCUGGAAGACCAUGCACUACCUCUGUCUCAUUCAGGCAUUGGAGUACACCCUGAGAAGUCACUUCAAAACUGCCAAUUUCAGGACUGAGAUGUGUUUGAAAAAACAUACUUCUAGCCUCCACUUUGUACUUUAGAUUUUAAAACCGGGAAGAAAAUGUGAUACACUUUGGACCACUUUUUUAAUUUCUGUAAGCCUUAAAGAGCAGUGGGCAUACACUUGUGUACGCCCGCCCCAGCCCCCGGAGUGUGUGCAAGUGUCGGAGCAGACGCUGUGGCACGGGGACACGAGCUCAUUGGCUGGUGUCUUCUGAGAAGGGCCGAGCUUUCCGUUGGCGUGGGAAUUCCCAGGCGAGCCUCUUUCUCGACACCAGUCUGCGUGCGCGUUAACAGCAGCGCGUUUUUUUCUGUUGCAACAAUGGGACUGUAGCAGCUUCGCCCUGGCUCCCACUGCUAGCGUCUUGCAUCCUCAACCCUGUGUCGCACAUGGCAUCGGGAGCCUUUCUCGCGACAGUGACCCACGUCUCCGGACGUCUGUGUCCUGCCACCCCAUAGGCCGGUUUGCCCCCUUGUGCGCCGUGGCUCGCGCCUGCGUGGCCAGUUUGCUUCAUGUUGACUUUGCGUGACUUUGUUCUCUCUCUACCACUAUGUAUGUAACGCAUAGCGACAUGACGUGCGUGCAAGUGCUGUCCAGACACACAUGUAUAUAUUUGUAUAGCGUCGUGACACCUGUGUGAGUUACCUGGUUUCCAAGGAAAGCGAGCACUCGGUCUUGCUCGGUUUGCUCCAAGCUGUGUCCUGAGAGUUCCUGGGAAGAUGAUGUUAAUUUGCUGUCACUUCUUAAUUCAGGAUCAAUUUUCAAAACUGGGGGUGGGGGGGAGAAGAGGAACAGUGGCUUGUAAGGUAAAAAAAAGUUUCAAGCAUUCCAAAUGAAUUCUCAGUGUUUCCUAACUUUUUAUCAUGAACCCCUUCCUUACAGGAACCAAGUACUAUUUGAUACCAUGGUACAAACCAAACUACCUUGACCUUUUUUUAAAGACAACGGAUAACGCUCAUUUUCACAAUCGGAACAGCUUUAAAAUGUGGUUGAAUUUGAUAACACACAGGAAAAAGAAAAAAAAAAGUUGUGUUUCAGAAGUCCUUUCUGCUUUGCUUUUCUCCCGAGAGAGCUAACGAGAUUGUGGCUUGUUUUCCUGCCGGCCGGAGUAAUGUGACAAAAGGGAGUUGUUGUAAAGUAGUAGUGCCACUUGUCAAAUAUUUAAUAAAGGAUUAUGGAAGCUGGAGCCUUUUCUACAUCAA